AUGGGCAGGGCAGUUUGCCGGAGAGAAUUCCAGGCGAUUUUAAUAGCUGAGGCGAUGGCAGGGCAGGAUUUAAAUGCCGACAAAUAUGAAAUUGCUACGCUUGUGUUGCAGUGUCUAGAAAAACAUGCCGAUAGCUUAGCUGCAAACAUGUCGGAUUUCGCUAAUCGAGCUUCGCAUGAUAGUGGCUCAAGAAAAGCUUACAAAGAUUGCAAAAGCUUGUUCUCGAAAGCAACUAAGGAGUUAGAAUCCGCGGCUAAAGAAAUCAAGAACAACGAUUAUGAUAGUGCAGAUAGAUUCGUGUUCAGAGCACGUAUGUGUAACUUACAAUGUUAUGGUAACACUGAGAAAGGUAAGGAUGUGGGAAUUCCGAUUGAUGUUAAAUCGGAGAUGAUGGUCUUUGAGCAACUUUCCGAGGCUGUCAUGAGGAUUAUUGAAAGGUUUUAG